AUGAGCAGUUUCGAAUCAGUUGUGAUUGACGGUAAGGGACACUUGUUGGGUCGUCUUGCUGCAGUCGUUGCCAAACAGCUUUUAAACGGCCACAAGGUCACCGUUGUCAGAUGCGAGGAACUCAACAUCUCCGGAGACUUCUUCAGAAACAAGCUCAGAUACCACGACUACUUGAGAAAGGGUACUAGAUUCAACAAGAACCGUGGUCCAUUCCACUUCAGAGCCCCUUCCAGAAUCUUGUACAAGGCUAUCCGUGGUAUGAUUCCUCACAAGACCGCAAGAGGUAAGGCUGCCAUGAACAGACUGAGUGUUUACGAGGGUAUUCCAGCUCCUUUCGACAAGAGAAAGAAGGUUGUUGUUCCUAAGGCUCUGAGAGUUCUGAGAUUGAAGCCAGGUAGAAAAUUCACCACUGUCGGAAAGUUGUCUACUUCCGUCGGUUGGAAAUACGAGUCUGUUGUUGAGAAGUUGGAGGAGAAGAGAAAGGCUGAGGAAGCUGAGUACCAGGAGAAGAAGAGAGCUUACACCCAGAGAUUAGACGCAGCUAGUGCCGAGUUUGCCCAAACCGAGGAGGGAAAGCAGUUGGCUGCCUUUGGUUACUAA